UUAAUGAUUCAAUGAAUAUUUUUUUUUUUCCAAGGGACACAUGUUAACCAAAAAAAAAAAAAAAAAGUCCAAACUCAAGUAUUUUAAAGAAAGCAGUUGUGUAAGAAUACACACUCAUAGACAGAGAAAGAGAAAAAAAAAAAAACAGAGAUAUGCUACAAUGGCUAAACUUGAAUGGCAGAAACAAAUUUCUACCAUUUAUGGGAAUGAUUAUAGCUGUUUUAGCACAAAGUGGAAGCUUUGUUGUAAUUAAACUUGCAACAAAAGAUGGAAUUAACAAAUAUGUAAUGGUUGUUUAUUCCAUGGCACUUUCCACCAUCUUGCUUCUUCCAAUUGCUUUCUUUAACAACAGGUCACAGUGUCCUCCUCUCUCCUUCUCUUUACUUGGCAGCUUCUUCUUCCUUGCUCUCCUAGGAACUUCAGGACAGAUAAUGACUUAUGGAGGCAUAGAACUUAGUUCACCUACUCUUGCAUCAGCAAUGCUUAACCUCAUUCCAGCUUUCACUUUCGUGCUUGCUCUCAUUUUCAGGAUUGAAAAAAUAAAUUGGAGACAUUAUAGCAGCCAAGCUAAAGUGAUAGGAACUAUAGCAUCAAUGGGUGGAGCAUUUGUUGUCAUAUUGUACAAAGGUCCACCACUCUUUAACAUACAUUCAUCAAGUUCUUACAACUCACUUCAAUUUUCACCAAACUUCAACUGGAUUUUGGGAGGUUUGUUAAAUGCUGGGGAUUCAUUAGUUUCAUCCAUGUGGUACAUAUAUCAGGUUUCAUUAACAAAGAAAUACCCUGCUGUAAUAGUCAUAGUCUUCUUUCAAGUACUUUUCACAACAAUUCAAUCCGGAGUAUAUGCUUUAAUUGUGGUUAGAGAUCCAAGUGCAUGGGAACUUAAGCUUGAUAUGGGGCUGGUUGUCAUUUUUUACCAGGCAAUAGGUGCAAUAGGAGUUCGAUAUUGCUUACAAACAUGGUGCGUACAAAGAGCUGGUCCUCUAUUUUGUGCAAUGUUCAAACCAAUAGGAAUCAUAUUCACUGUUUUCUUGGGUUUUAUUUUUCUUGGAGAUGACUUUUAUCUUGGAAGGAAUGUGGGAUCGGCCUCCAAACAUCUUUUUGAAAGGAUCUUUGGGUAGAAACCUCCUCUUUUAAGAAUAAGCUCAGUAGGAGAUAUUGGCCUGAUGACAAAUGGGAAUCUUGUUUAGGAUCCAAGUGGAUGUGGAAUCAUAUAGGAGAUGGUGUUUUCUCAGCUGCUCAUGCUUACAUUCAAUUGGAUAUUCUUAAUCCUUAUUUGUUUUCUGAGCUGGUUAAGAAUUCGACACUCUCCUUAAUCUAGAUUAAAUGGGCUCUUCAAAGGUGGUGGGUUUUUCUUAUCAACUUAUGCAAGAUAGACUCCCUUCUAGGAAAAUCCCGCUUGUAGUGGUAUAAACCGCUCUUUAAUUCCCAAAGGUUGUUACAUUCUAGGGAAACUUGACUCACUUGAUUCAAAACCCUUGGGGAGCUAUAAAUAUAUCAGUACCGUGAUAUUGAAAGGGAUAACCAAUAACAAAAUGAAAUAUACCUAUACAACAGCUUCUCACCUCACGUGAGCUAGCUCUCAAUAUCCUAACAACCUUAAAACCUCUAACAACCCUUAUCCACUAGGGAUUGUUCUAUAUAUUGUACUUUUAUCUAGUGCAACUGACACCCACUGUGGGGCCGCAGUAAAAUUGACCUGGGCCACACAUAUAUCAUCAUAUCACAAGUUUCUAUCACCAUCUUCCCUCGAGGAAGUCUGACCAAUGUUCCAAGGAGAACACUAAUACCAUCGUUGGAGAUUUCGCUAGAGGGAGAUAAUCUAGUUCCUCAUGGAGAAGAUAUGUUCGUCACGUGUUAGAAGUUAACAUCACACCCUUAAAACUCUUCAGCAUCUUUGGUACAAAAUGAGAUCCGAUAAUCACAUUUUCGAGAGAAAACUUUGUAGGCUUACUCCCCUAUAACAAUAAUCACAUGGUCAUCACGAUUCAACACGCAGACUAGGAUGUGAAACGAGUAUUAUUCAACUCUUGAAGAUCCAUAAACAUUCUACUAUAGAGUACCUUGCAGGGGCUCCAGGUAGAUCCCCAAAAUAUUGGAUCGUUAUAAGGAUCCCUGAUCGGUGUGUCACGCGAUCAAGUACAGGUCAAAGGCUACAUCUCCCUUAGAACUACACUUGGCUCAGGGGCGAGCUUUUGGGCCAUAAAAGUAAAGUAUCUCAUAUUAUACGCCAUGUCCUCCUACACCAUCAUCCCGAGGAGACUCACCCUAAAUCUAUUUAUGGCAUUCUUGUCCACAUACCAUCUAAAUAUCCAUUUCCUAAUGAGCGUGUUGUUAGAACAAGAUUUGAUUCUACAUUUAAUCUCUAAGUUUUGAUGAUAACAAUACGUAUAUUUUAUAUAUAACAAUUUGUGUACUCUAAUAGUUUCUCAAGUGUGCAAAUAUAAUAUUUUAUUUGAUUCUGGAUAGUUAUCUGGAAAGAUCAUCAGAAUCAGCGCUAGCACACCUUAGAAGAACUAUUCAUCCAUUUCUAAAGAAACAUCAGCAGUUCUGAAGGAUGUUGAAUCUUCUCUAGAAAGGAUCUCCAUGUGUUUCUAAGAUAAGUUACUUUUCCAUAUCAGAAAUAAAUAUUUCCAACUCAGAUAAGCUUUUGCUUCCAGCUCGGAAAUCCAGAUUUGUUAUUCAAAUAAGCUUUUGCAUUCAACUUUUAAGACAAGAUUUUGACUCGGAAGAAUCUGAUACUCUUGAACGAUUCACGUAACAUGAUCUAUUCUACACUCUCACUACUUCAGAUCAGAAGUAUAUCUUUUAGAAGGAAUGAUCAGAAACUUGCACAAGAAUAUCAAUGCUACAACAAUACAAUACUAAUUCCACUAUGGUGCAACAUUUGUAUGAAUUGUGUGCUAUUUGUCUCCCAGGAUCUCAUAGAAGCCGUUAUGGCAUAUGUAUUGAAAGUGAAAUUUUGUCCUUCUCAACAGUCUACUUUUUAGGGCUAUAUAUAAAAGCACUACUCCUUUGAAGAAUUUUCUAAUUUGUUGAAUUACGGAACAUAUACAUCAACGUGAAAGAGAAAGAAACUUGAGAGAUACUAUUCAAAACACUCCAAAGAGAGAUAUUUACUUCAAGAGAAUCUCAAGAACACAAAGAGUUGUUGCUCAUUAUUUGUGUGUAAACAUUUGUUCCUAAACAUUGUUUCAUUGGCUUAUUUAGAAGCACUAUUGGUAAACACUUUCUUUUUGUAAAUCUUUUGAGAUUUGUUUUCCUCAAGUGACUAGGUUGUUAGUCUGUAUAUUUGAGAGGGCUAAGGUGUCUUUAUAGACUUUUAGAGUUUGUGUGUAAUAUUUCAAGAUUAGUGGAUUAAGUUCUUUUUGAAGGCAAAAUCACCUUGACGGGUGGACAAGAUUAGCCUUGUUUAAGGUGAACUUGUAUAAACCAAAAGUGUAUUUCUUCCUCCUUUCUUAUCUUGUCUAUCUUGAUUGUUUGAGUGAAUAGGACUUCUAAAAGAAAAAGUUUUGAAAACCCAAUUUAAACCCCCUUUCUUGUGUUUUUCGCAACCUUCAAUUGGUAUGAGAGCUUCGGCUCUGUUAUUGAUUUUCUAAUCAAACACUCAACUAUGUAGAGAGGUCCGGUGUGAGAAAAACUUCUGUGGCUGCUGCGAACACAAACAAAACAAAUAGUUACAAUGCUAAACCUCAUGUCUUUGAUGGAGAAAAAUUUGAGUACUGGAAAGAUAAAAUAGAAAGCUUCUUUCUAGUAUAUGACAUAGAUCUUUGGGAUAUUGUCACAAAUUUUUAUGAGGUACUUAUAUCUGCUAUUGGUAUUCCCAUUCCCAAAAACACAAUGAAUGAUGAACAGAAGCAUGAGUUCAAGAAUCACCACAAAUCCAGAACCAUUAUUCCCAACGUUGUCUCGUACAAUGAAUAUAAAAAAAUUACAAAUAAGAUACAUCAAAGGAUAUUCUUGAUUCGUUAAGAAUGAUGCAUGAAGGUGAUUCUCAAGUCAAGGAAACUAAGGCUCUUUCCUUAAUCCAAAAAUACAAGGUUUUCAAGAUGAAAGAAGAAGAAACAGUUGAGACUAUGUUCUCAAGGUUUUAAACCUUAGUAGCAUGACUUAAAGUUUUGGACAAAGGUUACACUAUAGCUGAUCAUGUCAAAAAGAUCAUUAGAAUCCUUCCCAAGAAAUGGAGACCAAUGGUUACUGCGUUAAAGCUAUCUAAGGAUAUGAAUAACAUAACUCUUGAGGAGUUAGGUAGCUCUCUCAGAAGUCAUGAAAUAGAGCUAGAAGAAGAUGAGCCUUAGAAAAGAGGAGAAUUUGUUGCUCUAAAAUCCAGAUCAGAAAGAACCAAUUCAGAAAAUAACAAAGCCUUCCAAGCUGAAGAAGUGGAGAAUUCUAACAAUGAAGUUUCUGAUAAUGAAGAUGAAUUAUCACUUCUGUCCAGAAGAUUCAAGCAACUCUGAAAGAAAACAUAAAACAACUUCCGAGGAUCCAUAAACAUAGGAGAUUGUCCAGAAACAUCUGUUAAAGGAAGAGAGAGUAAGGAAGUUAUGUGCUACGAGCGCAAGGAGCCUAUACACUACAGAAAUGAAUGUCCAAAGCUUAAGAAAGAAAGCACUAGAAAAUAAAGCUUUAGAAAAGGAAGUUUCAAUGACAAGAAGAUGGGUCUCGUGGCAACAUGGGAUAACUCUGACUCUGAGGUAUUAGAAUCCGAUUCAAAUGAGGAGCAUGCCAACAUAGCAUUCAUAGGUACCACGUCAGAAGGAAACACUGCAGAAACUAAGUCUGACUCAUAACAGGUAUAUUCUGAACUUUCUCGUCCUGGAUUAGAAUUAUAUAUUUCUAUUUCUCUAAAUAGGUAUUAGAGGCUUCAACAAAAAUUCAAGAAGCUUCAGAAGGUUCAUGAAUAUGAAAUUGAAGAGUAUGGUAAGCUAGAGAAAGAGGUUUCUGAACAAAAAAGAAACAAUUUUAUUUUAGAAAAAAAAUGAUUUUCUGAACAAAAAGUGUAUAAGACUGGAAGAAACUCUUUCUAAAGCUCCUCCAUCUUCUGUAGAAACUCUUUUCUGAACAAAAAGUGUAUAAGACUGGAACAAAAAGUGUAUAUUACAGAUAUCUUAUGUAGUAGAGUCAAAACACCAGUCAUGGUACAUGGACUCUGGAUGCUCGUGUCACAUGAUCUGAAGAAAGCUUAUGUUCCAAAACUUGGAACUUAGAGACACUGGAUAUGUAGGUUUCGGAGGAAACCAGAAAGGAAGAAUCAAAGGAUUUGGAACAGUUGGUAUUGGAUCUCUUCCUUCUAUAUCUAAUGUACUUUAUUUUGAAGUAUUAAUACAUAAUUUGUUAUCUAUAAUACAAUUAAGUGAUAAUGGUUAUGACAUUAUUUUUAAUAAAAAAUGUGUAAGGCUGUUAGUC